AUGGAAAUUGGUGUAUUUGAUAUUCUUUAUAAAAAUGAAGAUGGAUCAUAUCAACAAUGGGAGAAAAAACAUAUUACAUUAAACCAAACAAAUUUUAUUAUUAGGAAUAAUGAAUUUGAUGAACUUAAUGAAAAUAAUAAUUUCUUAACAGCAAAUAUCAUAAUUGUUUUUGAUGAUGAUAAUUUUAUUAACACCACCACCACACCAGGUGAAAUUGAAAUGCAACCAAAACAAAUAUUUUUAAAAAUAAAAACAAACUAUCAUUCAAAUUCAGUGAUUAUUAUUUUAAUACCUUCACAAGAAUUAUUUGACCGUUGUAUUAAAAUAAUUAACUCUUCAAAAAAUAAUAUUACAGUCAAUAAUAGUAAUAGUAAUAAUAAUAUAAAUAAUAAUAAUAUAAAUAAUAACAAUACAAAUAAUAAUAGUAAACAAAAAGGUAAUAAAAAAAGUUUUUAUUGUUAUAGAAUAUUUUUUGGUUUAACUAUUUUUUAUACUUUAAUUUGGGUUGGAAUAUUUGUGGCACUUUGGUUUAGUUUAGUAACUAAAAAUAAUUUUAUUGGUGUACUCACAAAAUGUCAGGUGAAUUCUGUAACAAAACAAAAUACAUACCAAAAAUCAGAUGAAGCUGGUGGUAUAAUUUACUAUUAUGAUAUUAGUUAUAAUGUAACAUAUCCAUUAAUUAAUUCAACUCAAGUAAUAAAUAGUGAAGUUAUAAUUUAUGAGAAAGGUUGUUGUAGAUAUUCUACAUCCAACUAUGAUUGCUAUUAUGAUGAAGAUGAUCCAAAAAUUGUAGUAUUUGAUCACUUUGAAUCUGUAGGAAGAGAUAUUAAAUCAAUAUUCUCCACAUUUGGUACAUUAGCACUCCCAUUAAUUGUUUUAUUUUUAGUUACGUAA